AUGAAUUUGAAAGUAAACAAAAUGGAAGCUAUGUCCUUUUCAUUCUUGAUGCAAGAAAACCUUGUUUCUUCUUUUCUUUUCCCACAGGUGGUUCUGGAAUGGAGCCGGGACCAAUACCACGUUUUGUUUGAUUCCUAUCGGGACAAUAUUGCAGGAAAGUCCUUUCAGAAUCGGCUCUGUCUGCCCAUGCCGAUCGACGUGGUCUAUACCUGGGUGAAUGGCACCGAUCUGGAACUGCUAAAGGAACUAAAGCAAGUCAGAGAACAGAUGGAGGAGGAGCAGAAAGCAAUGAGAGAAAUCCUUGGGAAGAACACAACAGAACCCACUAAAAAAAGCGAGAAGCAGUUGGAAUGUUUGCUGACUCACUGCGUUAAGGUGCCGAUGCUGGUCCUGGACCCAGCGCUGCCAGCCAACAUCACGCUGAAGGACCUGCCAUCUCUCCAUCCUUCUUUUCAUCCUGCCAGUGACUUGUUCAAUGUCGCAAAACCGAAAAACCCAUCUGUGAAUGUCUCAGUUGUCGUUUUUGACACCACCAAAGAUGUUGAAGAUGCCCAGGCUGAUGUAUUUAAAGGAAGUAGCACACAGACAGUGUGGAGGGGCUAUUUGACAACAGAUAAAGAAGCCCCUGGAUUAGUGUUAAUGCAAGAAUUGGUUUUCCUGAGUGGAUUUCCACCGACAUUCAAGGAAACAAAUCAACUGAAAGCAAAAUUGCCAGAAAACCUUUCAUCUAAAAUAAAACUGUUGCAGUUAUAUUCCGAGGCAAGCGUAGCGCUUCUGAAAUUGAAUAACCCCAAGGGUUUCCAAGAACUGAACAAACAGACGAAGAAGAACAUGACCAUCGAUGGAAAGGAGCUGACCAUAAGUCCGGCCUAUUUAUUAUGGGACCUGAGUGCCAUCAGCCAGUCGAAGCAGGACGAAGAUGUGUCUGCCAGCCGCUUUGAAGAUAACGAAGAGCUAAGAUACUCCCUGCGAUCUAUCGAGAGGCAUGCACCGUGGGUUCGGAAUAUUUUCAUUGUUACAAAUGGACAGAUCCCAUCGUGGCUGAACCUGGAUAAUCCUCGAGUAACGAUAGUAACACACCAGGAUGUGUUUCAGAAUUUGAGCCACUUGCCCACCUUCAGCUCACCUGCCAUUGAAAGCCACAUUCAUCGCAUUGAAGGGCUGUCACAGAAAUUUAUCUACCUAAAUGAUGACGUCAUGUUUGGGAAGGAUGUCUGGCCAGAUGAUUUUUACAGCCACUCCAAAGGCCAGAAGGUCUAUUUGACCUGGCCUGUGCCAAACUGUGCCGAGGGUUGCCCUGGUUCCUGGAUUAAAGAUGGCUACUGUGACAAGGCUUGUAAUAACUCGGCCUGUGAUUGGGAUGGCGGCGAUUGCUCUGGAAACAACGCAGGCAAUCGCUAUGUGCCAGGCGGCGGGGGCACCGGGAGUGUUGGGGUCGGGCAGCCCUGGCAGUUUGGUGGAGGCAUAAGCAGCAUCUCUUACUGUAACCAAGGAUGUGCGAAUUCCUGGCUUGCUGACAAGUUCUGUGACCAAGCCUGCAAUGUCCUGUCCUGUGGGUUUGAUGCUGGCGACUGCGGACAAGAUCAUUUUCACGAAUUAUAUAAAGUCACACUUCUCCCAAACCAGACUCACUACGUUCUUCCAAAGGGUGAGCACCUGCCGUACUUCAGCUUCGCCGAAAUCGCCAAGAGAGCACUCGAAGGGGCCUACGGUGACAAUCCCGUGAUCAAAGAAAAUAAAGCCGCAGGGAAAGAAGAGAACAGAACGGAAGACAUUGCGAGAGAUCACCUACGUGUCCUUGAAGUGCUGCCUGGAAGAAAGCUGCAGAGUUUCACAGAGAGCCACCCGGGCUUUUUGCCCUGGGAGAAAAAGAAGUAUUUCCAAGAUCUUCUCGAUGAAGAAGAAUCACUGAAGACCCAACUGGCCUACUUUACGGAUAGCAAACACACAGGGAGACAACUGAAAGAUACGUUCGCAGAUUCCCUCCGCUAUGUCAAUAAAAUUCUAAAUAGCAAAUUUGGAUUCACUUCUCGGAAAGUCCCUGCCCACAUGCCGCACAUGAUCGACCGGAUCGUCAUGCAAGAACUGCAAGAUAUGUUCCCUGAAGAAUUUGACAAGACAUCGUUUCACAAAGUACGUCAUUCUGAGGAUAUGCAGUUUGCCUUCUCUUAUUUUUACUAUCUCAUGAGUGCAGUCCAGCCCCUGAAUAUCUCCCAAGUGUUUGAUGAAGUGGAUACAGACCAGUCAGGUGUCUUGUCUGACAGAGAAAUCCGAACACUGGCUACCAGAAUCCACGAUCUGCCUUUAAGUUUGCAGGAUUUGACAGGCCUGGAACACAUGUUAAUAAAUUGCUCGAAAAUGCUUCCUGCCAAUAUCACUCAGCUAAACAACAUUCCACCAACUCAGGAAGAGUACUAUGAUCCCAAUCUGCCUCCGGUCACUAAGAAUCUCUUUAUCAACUGCAAACCAGUGACCGAUAAAAUCCACAAAGCAUAUAAGGACAAAAACAAAUACAGGUUUGAAAUCAUGGGAGACGAAGAGAUUGCAUUUAAAAUGAUCCGCACCAAUGUUUCCCAUGUGGUUGGCCAGUUGGAUGACAUAAGGAAAAAUCCCAGGAAAUUUGUCUGUCUGAAUGACAACAUAGACCACAGUCACAAAGAUGCCCAGACAGUGAAGGCUGUUCUCAAGGACUUCUAUGAAUCCAUGUUCCCCAUUCCUUCCCAGUUUGAGUUGCCCAGGGAUUACCGUAACCGCUUCCUUCAUAUUCAUGAGCUGCAAGAAUGGAGGGCGUAUCGGGAUAAAUUGAAGUUCUGGACUCAUUGUUUACUGGCAACUGUGAUUAUAUUUACAGUCUUCUCUUUUUUUGCCGAACAGUUAAUUGCACUUAAGCGGAAGAUAUUUCCAAGGAGAAUACUCAAGGAAGCUAGUCCGGAUCGAAUCAGGCGGUUUCCUUCCAGCGUGCAGUCCCGGACGCGUCCUCAGCGAGGCUUCAAGGAGGCGAAGUUCCCGAUUCAGCAAACAUCUAUGAUGGCACCUUCUGGAAGAAAGCGUACAGGGAAAUCUGUGAAGCAGGCCAUUGAGGAGCAGGUUAUAAGAGCCUCUAAGUUUGAUGAAGAGAAUAGUCGGAGUGGUUCAGAGGAAGAUGUUCUAGAAGAAAAGACUCUAGUCAUUGAUAAGCAUGGGAAGAAAAGGGCUUCAAUCGGACCCAAUGAAGAAUAUGUGGGGGGUCAAGUACAGAAUAUGCUGGAAAGAUUUGGAGCUGACAUUAAUAAGACUCUUCUUGCAAAGAAAAAAAGAUUGGAAAUGUAUACCAAUGCAUCUAUCAAAAAUAGUAACCAGAAAAUUGAAAAGGUUUGGAAAGCACAACAAGAGCAAAGGCAGAAUCUUGGCCAAGAAUAUCGUCAGCAGUUUCAGACUUUUCUUCACCAAUGGGAUAUGGAUGUACAGAAUUCUGAGGAUCAAAAAGAAAAACUAACUAGUAUAUUUCGACAGCAACAAAAGAUUUUGCAACAAUGUAGAAUUGCCCAGAGCCAGAAACUGAAAGAGAUUAAAUGCUUAUAUGAACAAUUCAUAAAGAGUUUGGAGGAGUUGGAUAAUAAGCAUUGUGAAAAUCUUAAUGAUGCACAAAGUGAACACAGAAAAGAGAUGGCUAUGUUGCAGAAGAGAAUUAUGAUGGAAACUCAGCAGCAAGAGAAGGCACGUGUUCGAAAGUCUCUUCAUUCCUUGUUAUUCUGAUGACUCUUUGAAGAAAGAACUUGAACCUAAGUAAUAUGAUACAAUUAUAAUUAGCUAGAGGGACAUGCAAAUCUUUAUAGUGAUUAAAAAAUCCUACUUUAGAUAAUUACAUCCUGUUAUUCAUUAGCUUGUUUAAGUGAAAGAUCCCUUAUGUGUUAUCCAUAAAUAUAACCUAAGCAGUUUUGUGAGUCAUAGCAAUUUUUAGCUUUUUGAUAGUAAUAGUGAAAAUUUUCCCUUAGUAUUGUCAAUUUACUUUAGCAAUUAAGAUUUUAUUUCCUUUCAGACUUUGACUUCAGUAAGGUAGAAAGCACAAGUAUGUAAAAUUAAACAUUGUUUUUCUUUAAGGGAAAAAUAAAGAUUACAAAAUA